AUGAUGACUUCAAAGCUUCUGAUGCCAAAUACUAUACAUCUUACAACACAGAUUGCUGAAUUUAUUCCCAAUACUCUUGUUAAAGAUCCGCUAAUAUUUACUUCAAUCAAAUCUGUGAUAUAUACCGAUAACAAUAAAACUGUUCUCAUCCCAUGCUUAUUCACUAAAUUGGCGGCAAAGAGCCUUAAAGAAAUGUUUGUAAAGUGGAAAUUCAGAGACAAAUACAUUUUGAACUAUGAUGGAAAUAAAAAUAAAUCCACGGCCACCAGGGAAUUUUCAAGUGCUUACAUCAUACCAGGUGCACUACUAAAAGGCAGUGCCUCUUUGAUGAUGAACAAGAACCAAGCUGUCCCAGGAAAAUACACUUGUGAAGUUUCAGAAUUAACUAAAGAAGGCAAAACCACCAUAGACCUGAAAUAUGUUGUUUUAUGGUUGUCUUCAAAUGAACAUACGCUUAUUAUUAUUUUCCCAAUGCUGGCUGUGCUUAUGUUCUGGGGAAAUGGUAUUGUCAUACUUAAAUAUAAUUCCAAUAUUACGAAGGAGAAAAUCAUCAUUUUAUCUGUGACUGGACUAAUCCUCAGUAUAUUUGUCAUUGUUGGAGUCAUUUUAUUCACCCCAGGUAUAUAUUCAACAAUGAGGGCCACUGGACUCGGUUUAAUUGUAGUACCUACAAUAAUAUUAGUAUUAUGUCAGACCUCUAUGUUUAUUAUAGCUCCAGUUAAUGGGAUGCACUACGUCAACAUCAUCUUAUUGGCCAUGCAGGCUCUGGGCCUCUCUAUCACUCUGGCCGGACUAAGCCUCUCUGUCUCAGAUUGCAGCCCAGUGCAUAGUUCUCUUCUGAUUUCAGGCUUGGUUAUUACAGCCUUAGUGUCAUUACUGGGAUUAGUUUAUCUAAUAUUUGUUGGUAAGUCAACUUUGUUUUUGUUAGUCUAUGCGAAGAAUUCCAAAUCAUAA